UCAUUUCCAAUGCAGCAGCGACCAUGACAGGCAUCGCCGCUGCUUCUUUCUUUUCCAACGCUUGCAGGUUCGGGGGCUGCGGACUUCAUUUCGACUCUCUGGCCGAGCUCAUCGUGCACAUCGAGGAUAACCACAUUGACACAGACCCCCGUCUUCUGGAGAAGCAGGAGCAGCAGCAGCCGACAUAUGUUGCCCUCAGCUACAUCAACAGGUUCAUGACAGAUGCUGCACGGCGAGAACAUGAGGCCGUGAAGAAGAAGGUGCAGCCCAAGUUGUCUCUGUCUCUGACAGGCAAUCUGUCCCGCAGCAGUGUUUCCACUCCGCCUCGCCACACCAGUGGAAACCUCACCCCUCCUGUCACCCCACCCAUCACCCCUUCUUCUUCCUUCCGCAGCAGUACGCCCACAGGUAGUGAGUGUGAUGAGGAGGAGGUAGACUUUGAGGAGUCUGACAGUGAUGAGUCGUGGACCACAGAGAGCGCCAUCAGCUCUGAGUCCAUCCUCAGUUCUAUGUGCAUGAACGGAGGAGAUGAGAAGCCUUUUGCUUGCCCCGUGCCAGGCUGUAAAAAGAGAUACAAGAAUGUGAACGGGAUCAAGUAUCAUGCCAAGAACGGCCAUCGAACCCAGAUAAGGGUGCGCAAACCCUUCAAGUGCCGGUGUGGGAAGAGCUACAAAACGUCUCAGGGUCUUCGCCACCACACCAUCAACUUCCACCCACCCAUCUCAACUGACAUCAUCCGCAAGAUGCAGCAGUAGACACUGAGUGAGCGACCAGCACUCUCCUUCAGGUCACUUCCACAAUCCAUCUGAACACCACCAUCACCAGCAGUGGCUGUUUCUCAUUCCGCCCUGUUCCUGUCAUCCUUAAACCCCUGUGCCCCUUCUCUUUCUCUCUAUCUCUCUCUCUCUCUUAUCCCACUUUGUUAUGACACUAUUUUUGAUUGCAUGGUAUAAAUGUAUCAUUAUUCAUCCUUCAUUUUAUUCAGAAUGUUGAAUCUUUAUGUAGUUCACAGUUUUGUAUUUUGCACAUUCAAGCUAUCAUUUAUGUAUUUGAACUUUUUGACAUAUGGUGCUUGUUGAUGAUGAGUGCGUGUUGUAGACUAGAGAAUGACCACAACAAGUCACGAGUAGCCUUGUACAUCCUGCUUUGAAGGCAGUGUGAAGUCAAAGGAAAGAUUAGGAUGUUUUUUUAGAGAAAGGAGGCACCAUUACCUUGCCUCUGUCUCAUUUGAGCCUAAAAAUGUGACAGAGGCAAAUGGAGAAAAAAAAUCAGAAUGUGUUGUAUAACAUGAAAAAAUCAAAAAAAUCCAAGCUGAAAACUUUUGUAUAUGUUUCAUUCUCUAUCAGAUUUAAUGUUAAUAAUCAGUCGUUGGACUUAGUUACUUUUCCUUUCAUAUCACAAGUAUGUAUUCCAAAUCUGUUUUACUGCAAAUACUUGUGUGUGAGCACCAAAGGAUGAUCUCAGGUGACAUUUGAAAGCAUUUCAGCACCACAAUCCUGCCCAGGUGUUCUGAUAGUAUUUAUGCUGUUCAGUGGGAUCAUGGGAACUCUGUGUGUCACUGUCCUGAAGACUUAAGCAGUUUUUCUUGCUAUUUUACAGCGAGGGAUUAAAGCACUUUUUGUAACAAGUUGCCAACAAAUUAGCAUUUUUUGCCAAUAUCUCGUUUCUGGUGUAUGUACAGUUGCUACCAAAACGAGGCAAAAGGCCUUCAGAGCAGACGUUUUCAUUGCUCCCAGGGAAGAUGUACACCAAAACUCCAGUGUUUCCAGUAUUUUCUGUAUGUACAGUUGUUGCCUUGAAAUGUAAACCAUUCCAAUCAGUACAGAUCUUUGUAUGGCUUCAUUUUGACAGUUCAGACCAAUUCAGUUAAAUGCAGACAUUACACAGACAGCUCAGUCCAGACUGUUUGCUGUUCACUGACCCCCCGGUCUUAUGAAACCAUGUGAUCGUGCUCUUCAUGGGUAGAAGGGGGCCGACAUUAGCGAUGUAGUCAGCACAUUUAUUUUUUCUCACAGUCCUGCUGUUAGGCUGUGAGCUAAACACAUACAGCUCCUACUUUGUGCCAUAAUAACAUAAUGUCCGUUGAGGGUACGUACACACCAUUUAGUCUCUGAAAUAAUGAGCCCCAGAUGAUAAAAUGCCACAAGAUUGGGGAUUUAUCAACAUUGAGCCAUUAGGUAACAUCGUCACUGCAUAGAUGUGAGUGUUAAGGGACUACAGUCCAAUUAAGAAUUGUGACAGUAUUGUACUGCCAGUAUGGAGGAAAGUCUUUGAUAUAGUGUACAGUGAAUGUAUUGUUGUGUGUUAAGUGCAUUAAAUUAUAUUUUCAUAUGUUUCUGGAGUUAAACAAAAUAUAGUAUAAUGUGUAUGAAAAGGCAAAAUCAGAGGUUGUUUGGAGAAACUAAUGGUGAUGUACUGUAUUUCUUCAAAAAGCUGCUUCAUGUAAACUUUUGUUACAUUUAGAAUAAAACGUCCUCUGAUGUGUGCCUGAA